AUGAGUUUAGGUUCUUCAGAAUAUUCAGUAGAAAAUUAUUGGAAAUAUAUUUAUGUAUCGUUGCUGAUUUUCUCGUUAUGCUCAGCUUCAGUCAUACCCAUAAUUUAUACGUACUCCCCGAAGUGUAGACAUCACCCGGCAUAAAUUGUUCUGAUAUUAUGUAGAAUAAUUUAUAUUUUAGGUAUAUUGGAAAUGAUAACCUGCUAUUAACUAUUUCUAGACAGUGUUAAUUUUUAAGAACUGAUUUAAUUCUUAGACAAUGUUAUUGGCUACAAUAAAAUGAGGGAAUAUUAUGUAUUUGGUUUUGGUUCGAUUUCGGAUGAAACAUUAUGUUAAAUAAAUCAAUCUCUUGUGUUUUUCGGAUUCUUAGCGCAAUUAAAUUAUUAUGCAAUUCUGACAUUAGAUUUUAUACUAACUUUAACUAAACCCUUCUUGAAUACUAAAAUGAAGCAACUUUCAUAUAAUUUGGGAGCAUCCUUUGUGACUUUGAUAAUGUUUUAUUUGGAGAAAGAUUCACUUGAAGUUACUUGUAAAGGAAUAGGUGCGAGAUAAGUCUCUUAGGUUUUUAAACUUCAGAUGAUGGUGAUAACUGUAUUAUUAGCCAUUUCAAUCUAUGUUGGAAUCAAAGACUUAAAAAAAAUGAAGAAAAUCAAUAAUGUGGUGAAAGAAAAUAGAAAGAAAUUUUUUUACAAUCAUCUAUACUUAUUUCUGACUUUGUCGAUAAUGUGGAGUCUCCCUCUCAUAAUGACGACAUUGAGUGAGCAGAGUCGAGUCCACAAAUUAAUCAAUAAAAUAUAUUUUGCCAUUAUGCUUUUACAUCGUAUAGUUUUAUCUCCAUAUUUAGCAACAAUUUUAUUAUGGAUCCGACUUCGUGAACCCUAUUUUAAGAGUAGAACAUUCCUAUUAAUUGCCACAAUCUUUUGUAAAAGAAGGUGGAAAGAAAAUAAAGACAAAAAUGUUGAUGAUAGUAUUAUGGAACAAUGCUAACUGCCUCUCAGUAAGUUAGUCUAAGAAUAAACGAAUUAAGAAACAGUAUCUAACAUUUUAAGUUCAAUACUUAAAAUUGUUACUUACGAUGAAAAAAUUACUGAUUUACACAAAUAAUGUAAAUACAAAAAGCAAUUCAGAUUUUCAUCCAACAAAAGUGAUCAGCUUUAAAAUGAGUCUUAAUCUCCUUUGAUACAUUCAAUCAAUUACUCAUUAGAAUUAACAUUGCCAUUCUAAAUUAAAGAAUACGCUCCAGCAGUAUUUCAAGAUAUCAGAGAAAAAAAUGGGAUUUGUUAUAAAUAAUUUCAAAAUUCUUUGAGGUUAGAUCAGAAUUAAAAUCAAAUUAAAAAGACUCAAGAAUCUUUGGGGAAAAGUGGAUCAUUCUUCUUUUAUACUUAUGAUAAUCUUUUUGUCUUGAAAACCAUUACAUAGUCUGAAAUUAGGUUAAUUUAAGAAUUUUUGGAAGACUAUUACAAAUAUAUCAAUAGAGAGUAAACAUUUUUGGCUAAAUUUUAUGGUCUGUAUUCGAUAAGUAUAGAAGGGUUCUCCUAAAUUCAUUUGUUGCUUAUGGAGAACAUAUUUGAGAAAAUUCCCAAAGAAAGAAUAGUUUAUGAUUUGAAAGGAAGUCUUGUGAACAGAAAAUAAAAUGUUAAAAACAGCUAAGUUGUUGACCUCACAAGUUCUUUUGCUUAAUAUUUACCUUAGGAAGGUGUUUUAAAGGAUCAAAACUUCAUCAAAUCAACAGAUAUUUUUAUUCAAUUGAAACAAUAAGAUAGAGAUAAUUUAUUUAAUAUUCUUAAAGAUGAUAUUGAUUUCCUUCUUAAAAAUAACAUUAUGGAUUAUUCAUUGCUCAUUGCUGUCUGUUACAACAACAUUAGUAAGGGAAAACGUGUAUAUUGUAAUAGCAGCAAAUGCUUUUGCUUUGGUUUGAUUGAUUAUACCUAAAAAUUCACAUUCAAAAAGAAAUUGGAAUACUUUUACAAGUUUCAUGUGAAAAGAAAAGGCUAAUAAAUUUCAUGUGUUGAUCCUUAAUUCUAUAGUUAAAGAUUUAUUUCAUUUGUUAAUAGUAUUAUUGCUAUUAAUGAUUGGGCAUGA